AUGAUGCCCGCCUCCGGCCUCUCAACUUGCAGUCAUUCCUCCGCUCCGGUGGCUGGCUGGGCCAAGCAUUGUCCGGCCCGUUUCUGGAAAACAGUCGAUGCGCAACGCCCGCCACCAGGGCCGGGAAGGGGGCGCCCUGAGAUGGUCAGAUUAUGGGACGACGACGACGACGCAGAGCCGCGGGCGCGGCGCGGCGCGGCGCGGCGGACGGGAGCGGGAGCCGCGCCGGGUGGUGGGCGAGAACGGGUAAACGGGCAAAGCAUACAGCUACAGUCAAAUACUGGUACUACUACUAAUACGUACGAUCAAUGCCAACAAGGGAAAAGGGCAGGGCAGGCAAACAAGGAACGACGAACAAACAGGCAAAACGGACCGUGUCGCGAGGCCGGGUCGGUAUAG